ACAAGAGUGUGUUGUGCUUGUGGUGUUUUGUUUUGUUUGUAAUAAAAGAGAACGAACGGUGGUGAUAGGUCUCCUUCUCUCAUCUCAAUCGUCUCCUCCUUCCUCUCUUUUCCAGCGUCCGAUUCCCACUCCAUUCUUCCCGAUCUCAUCUUAAUCACACACCAACACGCGCCAAAUACAAAUUUAUUCAGGGUUCCGCCGAUAUGUCCGAAGCUCCGGCGAGUCCUGGCGGUGGUAGCCACGAAAGCGGCGAACACAGUCCUCGUUCUAACAUCCGUGAACAAGAUAGGUUUCUUCCAAUUGCUAACAUCAGUCGUAUCAUGAAAAAAGCUCUUCCUGCUAAUGGCAAAAUUGCUAAAGAUGCUAAAGAAACUGUUCAGGAAUGUGUUUCUGAGUUCAUAAGCUUCAUUACUAGCGAGGCCUCUGAUAAGUGUCAGAGAGAGAAGAGGAAGACGAUUAACGGCGAUGAUUUGCUUUGGGCUAUGGCUACUCUAGGGUUUGAGGAUUAUAUUGAUCCUCUUAAGAUUUACCUUACAAGAUACAGAGAGAUGGAGGGUGAUACUAAGGGCUCUGCUAAGGGUGACACAUCUGCUAAGAAAGAUGUUCAACAAGGUUCCAACCCUCAGCUUGCUCAUCAAGGUUCUUUCUCACAAGGAGUUUCUUAUGCAAAUGCUCAGGGUCAACAUAUGAUGGUUCCUAUGCAAGGCCCAGAAUAGGUAAUAAGCCAAUUGACCUGCUUACGGCGGUUGUUGUGUUUACAGUGCUGGUAGAGCUUUACUGAAUGUUCUCGGCAUAAUUGAAUGUAUUUUAUGUUAUAUUAAUACCGACAUAAGACACAUUAGUUCUUGUGUCCUGAUUUUUUUAAAUUAAGGUUUGUAUAUUAUGUCUGGAGUGAAAUUAUUAUUUCAAAGUUACAUUUGUAAGUGUUGGAGCCAUGUUAGUCUGAUUCCUUCUGGCGGCUUGGCAAAGGCUGUAGAAUUUAGGUAACUGAUUGUAAGCAUAAUUGUUUUCCUUUUUAAAGCUUAUUUGGGUGUACAAUCAUGGAUGAAGAUGGUUUGAGUAUUUAAAAUACAUUUGUUAGACAUUUGGAA